GUCUGUUCGGUUUUCGUUUUCGUUCGCGUGUUUCGUGUUUUCGUUAUAACUGCUCCUAUUAUCGGUCUGCGUUGUGUUUUGACAGGUGUUUCGGCAGCGAGUGGUCGCAUACACGGUCGCACGUGACACUUUCUCGAUUGUGCCGAUUAGUGAUGCCUAGAUCCGAUUGAUGAUGAUUUGUGAUCGGCCGGUUUUUGUGUGCGGAGGGUAGCUCCAGCUGCGAAGCAGCCUCAGUUACCGCAGUGAAUAUCCAACAGCUUAACCUCUUAGCCGGUUAGCGAAAUUAAUAUCGCAGGAAAAUUAAUUACGGUGAAUGUGGAUGGUCGUUUUGUGUAAUGCAAUACACGCCAAAAAUACUGUGCUUGGUCUUUCUGAAUGGCAUCUGUACAACAGUCCGUGGUAAAAAGUAACAAUCACGAGAAAAUGUGCUGACCAAAAUGUAAUGAUAAAUGAUUGAUGGAAUUUUUUGCCUCCGUUGUCUGUGCAGAGUGAGUGCCCAUUAGAUUCGGUGUAAGCAACCCAAGUGGUGUCCGGCUUUGUGAAUGCAAAAUAAUUGUUGAAGUCAGCGGUUUAACCUCAUCGCAGUUCGAGUGGCGCGGCAGUGUAGUGCUUCCAAGUUCCAAGCAAGUUUCUCGGGCGAAUUAUCGAGUGUACCGCCUCUUAAGAAAGUGAUGGAAACCGAUGGUUUCGAAAUAAUGUGAAAAUUACUUGCAAGUGUUUGGGUUGUGAAAAGAAAGUGGAAAGAGGUAGCGAAAAUUACUGAGCUUCUGAGAACGAAAAAAGUUGUGGCUUGAAAAAAGUCCCGAAAGUCGCCAAGUCACGGCACAGUGAUUCAAGUUCAAAACCAGCAGGGUGCUGCUACCUCAACGGGAAAAUGGUUUGCUAACAUUGCUAAUUAGCUAAUUGGUAGUUACGGAAGCGUGAAACGUCCGUUGAACCGAAUCUGUGCCUGUGAUCACGCAAACAGGAGAUUAUCAGUCCGGGCAAAUCAGUGAGACAAAUCGUCGGUACAGGGCAGUUGACGGCCACCACGCAGAGAACGGUCGAUAGUCACGAACACGUGUAACCACCACGUCUCGCAUCAGCAUAUCAGAAGGUAGCGGUAUCGAAAGCGCGCAUUCCCGUUGACAAUUCAGCCGUGGUGAACUUCAAAUCAUGCCGCAUCCGCUGACACCGCAGUCACCGACGCCGACGCUGCUCAGCAGCAGCCGAAGCUGCAGCUUGCAUCUGGUGGAGUAUGACUACGAUGAACCGAAGCCGGCUAAGAAAAUUCUUGCCAAAGCCAUCUACGACAACAUUGCCGAGAGCACCGAUGAGCUGGCCUUCCGCAAGGGAGACAUCCUGACGGUGAUCGAAACGGACACAAGCGAUCUCAAAGGGUGGUGGCUCUGUCAGCUGCGGGGACGACAGGGUAUCUGUCCGGGCAAUCGGCUCAAAAUCAUCCAGCCGCACGAUUCCGGCUGUUUUACGCUAUCACCGGCUUCCUCGCCGUGUCCCUCGAUCGGACCGGGAACGAACCUGAGCAGCCCCGUUCCGAGUGACAUCUAUGAGAACACAUCGACCACAUCGUCGAUGUCCUACAGUGGCAGCGGCGUUGGCGUCGUUCCCGGUGGUGUUCCUGGCGGCAACGGCGGCGCCAAGCAGCAGGGCAAACGCAGAUCCUGGCACAUCAAUCCAAACAAGGUUUUGACGCCCCAAAGAUGCGGAGACGUGUAUCUGUAUGAUCUACUACCGACUCCGACACGUGGCGGCAGCCCCUACCAGCAGCAUUCCGCAUCAGCAGACGCUUUAGACACGUACGACAUCCCAAAGCCAGCGGUUCCGGUAAACUACGACUCUCCACGAGCGUGGGCACGAACACCGCCACAUUAUAGCCAUCAUCCACAUCAGCUUCAUCAUCUGCCACAUUCCCCGCACACGCCAAACCUCCAAAACUAUCCGGGGCAUCUGCAUUUCAGCUAUAGAAUGGAAGAAUCCUACGACGUUCCAAGGCCGGUGAACAACCUGCUUUCCCAGCAGAAUCUUACCCCCAGCAGUUCGAACUCUUCCUUGCUCACAUCGGACAGCCUUAGCCUGUCCUCUUCAAACCGUUCCUCCCUUGCAAUCAUGCCCGAUUAUGAUGUUCCCCGAAGAAAUCCAGUAUCUAUCCGAUCUACCCCUCCACCGCCGCAGCAGUCACAGCAGCAACCUCCUACGCCCCACUCACAAAGCAGUGGCAUCUUCAGCAGCAGCCAUUCGAUGUCCAUGACAUCGUUCUCCUCCAGCACUAGUACUUACGACGUUCCUCAGACGCCAAUUCACCAGCAACAGCAGCAGCAGCACCACCAACAGCAUCCAUUGCAGAACGUUCCAGUUAUACUGCCAUCCAAAGAGCUUCCAUUGGAGCUUUCUUCCGCCCUGGAGACCCUUGCCAGGUUACAAAAUGAAGCGACUUCCGCUGUUUCAAGAAUUCUUGGCUUCGUUUCGCCCAACUGGAGGACCAAGGAAAAAUUAGAUCCGAUUCUGAUGGAUCUCAAGUUAGCCGCUGUGCGGCUUCGAACUGCCCUGCACGACUUGGCCGAGUUUGGCGAUGGUGCAUUGGGCAACGCAACCAAAGCAGAAGAUAAAGGUUUGGCUCAAAAGCUGAGGCCACUGGUGAAGGCACUUCGCGAUGCCGACAAGCUGGUGCACGAAGCGUCCCAAAACCUGGACAACCAAGGCUGGACCCUGGUGACGCUGCAACGACCCGAAGCAACGCAGAAACUGCAACAGCAGCUACCUCCGGACAGUCUGGAUCAGUUGAUUGCUUGCGCCCAAACACUGACCGAGGACGUCCGACAGACGGCUUCCUUUAUACAGGGUAACGGAACGUUACUUUUCAAGCGAACAAAUGCCACGUCCACUGCCACCACACCUCAAACACCCACCGGACACAAAGCUCCGACCGCUAACAGCAAUGGAGCUGAGUGGCCCGAAGAUUACGACUACGUUAGUCUAGAGUCGAAGGAGGCUUCAGCUAAAACGAAUGCCGAAAUCCACGACGCGCUGCCGCAGGAUUUGAAGAAAAAUUUCGAAAACGUCGUACGCAAUGCGGAUGCCGCAGCAGCGGCUUGUGGUGAAAAAACCGAAGCACUCGAUCCGAACGACAAAUCCGUGUUGGUCUAUUACGCAUCCCAGACGGUAACGCACAUGGGCUACCUCACGCAGGCGAUCGACGCCUUCCUGCAAACGGUAGAACACAACCAACCACCUCGGUUUUUCCUAGCCUACGGCAAAUUUGUGGUACUGAGCGCCCACAAUCUGGUCAACAUCGGUGACAUAGUCCACCGGAACGUUUCACGGGAAAACGUAAAAACGCGCGUUCUUCAGUGCGCCGAUGCUCUCUCGGAGGCCCUGAAGACAUGUGUGGCCAAAACGAAGAAAGCCGCUCAACAUUUCCCCAGCGUUACGGCCGUCCAGGAGAUGGUCGACUCCGUGGUGGACAUUUCCCAUUUGGCUAGAGAUCUCAAGAUUGCCAUGCUGGAAGCGGUGCAACAAUAGAGUGAUUACCACUCACCGCAUGGGCACAUUUAAAUAUCCUAUGACAGUUCAAGAACGAAAAAGCAAACAACUAGUCACCGUCACCAGCCUGGCAGCAAAACCAACCAGUUGAUGAACAAUCAAUGAAGAAGAAAAAAUCAUAAUGCACAAAACCUGAAAGGGGAGUGGUCCAACAAUUUCCAUGCAUGCCAAAAAUUAUAGGAAAAAAAGGAAGUGAAUUUUGUUUCAGUUGGAAAACUGUCCACCACACAUAUGUACUGUCACUUAAUCACCCGCAGUCAGCAUAUUAAGCACACGUGGCAUACUUUUUGCGGUUUUUGUAACUUAUUGAGUAUUAUCCACUUUAUGAAUGUCUAUUUGAAGCAAGAAAAAGAAGAAGAAAAAGAAUGCUACAAGUAAUUUUUGACUGUCUUACUGUUAGUUUUAUGUAACGUUUUUAAAACUACUUAACGAAAACUGGUGAAAUCCAAUCAAUUUGCUGCUAACAAAUAAUCGAUUAAUGUUUUAUUUUUUUGUACAUAAAUUCAGUUUUUUUUUCUUUUUAUAUUUUAAGGCGAAUCCAUACACUUAAAACGUAAGAUACUUAGGAAACCCAAAAGCGCACACCAAAUUGCAACCUACAACGUUUUUUAUUUUUGUUCGGAAAAAACAAGCUUGUUCCGAAGUAAAAAUUCAUGCUUGCUAGUGCGGUAGCUAAUAGCUACCGGCAUGGCUCAGUCAUUCACAAAUGCAAUAACGGGAAUUCAGGAGGUGUGUUUACUAUUCCUCCUCCGAAGAAUAUGUAUAGUGCUAGGUUUAACAUAUUACUGCUACUGCAACCACAACUACAGGCGUAAGAUGUUUUUUGCCCACAUGGGAUACUUACGAAGGCACCAUCGCCGUAAGCAUGUUGAUUUGAAAGUAGCAUUGAUGAUGGUACUACUACUGCUACUACUACUAGCGCUGUAAGUCGGUGUAGUCGUAUGAUUGUAGUUUAUAAUCUCUAUGGGCUAAAGUAAUUAUACACGAAAUGAGAAUAAAAGGUUUACAUUAAGAAAAAAAAUUACAGCAAACAAGCAUACUGUAGCCACAACCCCAUCU